GGUGAAGCUCCAAGCAGUGAAACUGGCACAUCUUUGGAUAGCCCAUCUACUUACCAUCAAGGACCUAUAACACACAGUUCAGCUGUAAGUCCAGACCACUACGAUCAUUCUGCUUACGGGCUGUACUCUGUCUCCCCUGGACAACAAAGAUCUCGGAGGCCAAAACUGCAGCACUCGACGUCCAUACUGCGAAAACAAGCAGAGGAAGAAGCUAUUAAAAGGUCAAGAUCACUUUCUGAGAGCUAUGAACUCUCUUCGGACCUACAAGAUAAGCAGGUGGAAAUGCUAGAACGGAAGUAUGGAGGCCGUCUCAUAACUAGACAUGCUGCUCGUACUAUACAAACAGCUUUUCGCCAGUAUCAGAUGAACAAAAACUUUGAGCGUCUUAGAAGUUCUAUGUCUGAAAAUCGUAUGUCAAGACGCAUUGUACUGUCCAAUAUGAGAAUGCAGUUUUCUUUUGAAGGACCUGAGAAAGUCCACAGCUCUUACUUUGAAGGAAAACAAGUUUCUGUUACAAAUGAUGGGUCAAAGCUGGGAUCCCUGGUACAGUCUGAAUGUGGUGACCUUGGAGAGUCAGCUACCAUGAAGUCUCCAGCAGCGUCUACUGAUUUUGCGGAUGCGAUAACAGAACUGGAGGAUGCUUUUUCCAGGCAGGUGAAAUCCCUCGCAGAGUCCAUUGACGAUGCCCUGAACUGCCGUAGUCUGCAUUCUGAUGAAGUCCAGACGCCGGAUCAGGUCAGAAGUCGUGAAAUGGAAAGGGACACUUGUGCUCAAACUAAACCAGCAAUUCACAAUGUGGAUCACAGGAAGCUUGAUGAGAUGACAGCAUCGUACAGUGAUGUUACGUUAUAUAUUGAUGAGGAAGAGUUAUCUCCACCCCUUCCACUUUCCCAGUCAGUAGACAGACCGUCCAGCACAGAAUCUGAUUUGAGGCUCCGGUCUGUGAACUCUUCUCAAGAGUACUGGUCCAUGACCCACAAAGAUGACAAGAUAGACACAGAUACGAGCUGCAGGAGUACCCCGUCACUGGAGUGUCAGGAGCAGAGGAUGAGAAUGGACCAUCUACCGUUGCUGACCAUAGAGCCACCCAGUGACAGUUCAGUGGACUUGAGCGAUCGCUCAGACAGGGGUUCAUUAAAGAGACAAAAUGCCUAUGACCGAGGGAUCACUAGUCAACAGGGGAGCCCAAAACACAUCCCUCACAGUAUUCCUGCCAAGAUUAUAUCCCGAGAGGAGCAGGAGGCGAGACAUCGGGCGAGGCCUAUAGAUAGUCAUUUAGCUAUCAACGGCACAGCGAACAGGCAGAGCAAAUCAGAGUCUGAUUAUUCUGAUGGAGACAACGACAGCAUCAACAGCACUUCCAACUCUAAUGAUACAAUAAAUUGCAGCUCAGAAUCUUCUUCUAGAGACAGCCUAAGGGAGCAAACCUUGAGCAAACAAACCUACCACAAAGAAACUCGGAACAGCUGGGAUUCCCCUGCCUUCAGUAAUGAUGUUAUCAGGAAACGCCAUUAUAGGAUUGGGCUGAAUCUUUUUAACAAAAAGCCUGAAAAAGGAGUCCAGUACCUAAUUGAGCGAGGUUUUGUGCCAGACACUCCGGUUGGUGUUGCCCACUUUCUCCUGCAAAGGAAAGGUCUCAGCAGACAGAUGAUUGGAGAAUUUUUGGGAAAUCGGCAAAAACAGUUCAACCGGGAUGUACUGGACUGCGUUGUGGAUGAGAUGGACUUCUCAACAAUGGAACUGGAUGAAGCACUCAGGAAAUUUCAGGCUCAUAUCCGUGUUCAAGGAGAAGCUCAGAAAGUAGAGCGGCUCAUUGAAGCUUUUAGCCAACGAUACUGUAUCUGCAAUCCAGGUGUUGUGAGACAGUUUAGAAAUCCUGAUACCAUCUUCAUUCUAGCUUUUGCCAUCAUACUGUUAAACACGGAUAUGUACAGCCCGAACGUGAAACCAGAACGCAAAAUGAAGCUGGAAGAUUUUGUCAAGAAUCUAAGGGGUGUGGAUGAUGGGGAGGAUAUCCCACGAGAAAUGCUCAUUGGGAUUUAUGAGCGAAUCCGCAAACGGGAGCUGAAAACAAACGAGGAUCAUGUGUCCCAAGUCCAGAAGGUUGAAAAACUCAUAGUAGGAAAGAAACCGGUAAGUUCACUUUGCACUGCCUGUCAGUUACUGAGGAGAU